UACAAACUACUUAGUAAUACAAACUACUUACCUAUUAUUACCUACACUGGUCACGAGUGCUCAGUCGCUUACCUAUAGGUAGUUAUAUGUAUCUAGGAGUCACCUUGGUAACAGCGUAAAACAAACAACAAUAACGACCUGUAACUCUAGCAGGCGAAUUCACAAAUAGGGAUGAAUAGAGGAGUAGUCAAUCUAUCCAAGUUCAAGAAUGAAAAUACGCGAAAUUCGUUUCUUUGUUAGUUCAAUUCUAAUUGCCUAAUCGCAACCAUACGAUGCGGUCCAUUUGAAAUGUCUUCGGAUCUCGUCGCGGUUUGGGAUGUACCCUUUCACGAAGGCGUGUAUACGGUAGAAUUCGAACAUGGAACGCUGACCGGCAAACGGAUCGUUCGAGUCAAUGGAAAGGAAAUACUAAAGAAAGAAUGGAUGUUUAAGUUGGUAGGCGACGAAACGUUCGAAAUUAAUAAAUUACAAUGUACUAUCAAAAUUGAACCGCAAGGUUUGUUCAACUACGCGUAUUCGUUGAUGGUAGAUGGAAAAAGUUUGGGUAGCUUUACUGAAAAUCAAUCCAAAAUAUGCUGCACGUGGCUCGUAUCGUUACCGCAAGAUGGCAUCUAUCGAGUUGUAUUAGAAAAAGAUACCUUGGAUGUAUGGGCUAACGGAGAGAAAUUAGAAGUGACGGGAGAAUUUGUAGAUAAUGGAACGGAAAUGCAUUUCAAAUUGGGAGAUACUCGAGCGUACAUUAAAGCGAUUCCAAGUUACACGAAGAAGGAAGGUAUAAUUUAUUCUUUAAUCAUCAACGGAGAUAUCAUAGAACAUGCAACUUGAUCAACGCCAUUACACUCUGGACGCCACAGGCAUAUAACAACAGUGUUACACUGACACCAUAAAGUUCACGCGUAUAUAAUAACAAUUCGAAUGAGCUGUUUCAACCAUUUCAAACAUAAUUAUACACUCGAACAAACCGUGA